UUUGCAUAUAUUUUAGUAAUUCUACGCCAAGUACGAGUUGAUAUUUUGUGCUGAUAUUUAUUUGUAGUAGCUGAAUGAAAAUCUGUUGAAAUAAAGAUAUUUUCUUGUAGCGAGUAAUUUAUAUAUCAUGGAUGAGGACAAGUAAUCUUUAAAAUAGUUAAAUCUCUGCGAUCGAGGACCAGAAACGAAAGGGAUCUAAACUAUAUCGGUUGCUAUGGACUAGUUCGAUAGUUGUUGACCUGUUGAGAGCAAAGACAAGGCUCUACUUCAGACUACUUGUUCCAUAAAUCGAAAUGUGGUUUUAUUUUAUGUCCCACGUCGCUUAUCAUCUAACAAGAUGGUUUCCAAAAGACGAUCGAAAGAGAAUUCGUAUCGCCUUAAUUCUUUUUGCAUUGACUUUCAUUAUUCCACAAAUUUAUGUUCUAAUGUUGAACAAAAGCACAAGAUAUUGUGAUCAACCUCUUUUAGAGAUUGCUGUGGCCUCCUUGAUAUUUACAUUUGCUAUGAUAGCAUUCACAUUUCUAUUCUCAAUGAUGGAACCAGUACCAUGGCAACUGAAGAUUGCCUUUCAUUUUUUUGGGUUUGCUGCUUUUCUUAUGGGUCUUGUACAGUUUGGUUCGACAAUAGCUUCAAAAGAUUGUUGGUUUAAUACGCCAGAACUAUACUCAUUAUCGUUGUCCUUCAGCAUUUUGGCUAUGCUAACUACAGUUUUCCUUUUGUUGAUGUUACCGUUUUGGCUGGUCAAUUAUUUCUUUCCUCAUUCUGUGUUGAGUCGAAAAGAAAGGCGAGGAAUGUGUUACGAACCUGUGAAAUGCUGCACAUGCCUUUGGCACAUAUAAGCUGAUUCAAUUUCAAACAUUUUUGUAACAUAAAUGUAUCGUUUAAAUUGGUUGCUAUAAGUAGCGAGUUGUGUAUAUAAAUUAUAUACUACUAUAAAGUAUUUAUUGCUUGUACAGUAACGUUUUAACUCGUUUUAAGAAGCCUAAGACUUCGACUAAGUAAGGCUAGCAAUAAAUAAACAUAAAUAA